AUGUACAUAACACAUGUGGCCGGCUGCUUCUUCUACUACCUCGCCACCACCAUGCCGCCUGAAGACCAGGGCUACACCUGGAUCGGCUCCCUCACCCUCGGCGACUUCUCGUACGAGAAUUUCCGCGAAGUGGAGUUAUUCACGAGAUACGUGACGGCGCUCUACUGGUCCGUUGUGACCAUGGCGACCAUCGGCUAUGGGGAUAUCCACCCAGUCAAUCCCAGGGAGAUGAUAUUCGCCAUGUUCUACAUCACAGUCGACCUCAUCUUGUCUGCAUAUCUCAUUGCUUAUCUCAUCGGUGAGUCCCUCUGCCUGCGCUGUGCACCAUCGAUGGAUGGGCUCCUCUUGGCUCCCUCUCCCUCCCUCUCCCUCACCCUUGGCGACUUCUCCUACGAGAACUUCCGCGAAGUGGAUCUAUUCACGAGAUACGUGACGGCCCUCUACUGGUCCGUGGUGACCAUGGCCACGAUCGGCUAUGGGGACAUUCACCCGGUCAAUCCCAGGGAGAUGAUCUUCGCCAUGUUCUACAUCACAGUCGACCUCAUCCUCUCGGCUUACCUCAUUGGAAACAUCACUGCUCUGGUGGUGAAGGGAAGUAAUACAACCAAGUACAGGGAGCGCAUGGCUCAAGUCAUCAAGUACAUGAAUCCGCUCUCCUCCCGUCUGUGCCAUCCUUUCCCUCCAGGAAACAUCACUGCACUGGUGGUAAAGGGCAGUAACACUACUAAGUACAGGGAGCGCAUGGCUCAGGCCAUCAAGUACCCUCUCUCUCUUGUCCCCUCCUCCCCUACUCUCCUUCCCUCCCUUCCAGGAAACAUCACUGCACUGGUAGUCGAAGGCAGCAACACCACCAAGUACCGAGAGCGCAUGGCGCAGGUCAUCAAGUACAUGAACCGGCAACCGCAUUCCCCGGGUAACAUCACUGCACUGGUGGUAAAAGGCAGCAACACCACCAAGUACAGGGAGCGCAUGGCGCAGGUCAUCAAGUACAUGAACCGCAACCGCAUUCCCCGGGUGCUCAAAUGCAGGAAGAGCAUUGCUCAGGUCUCUUUACCUUCCAUUCAUUCCAUCCCUCUUGCAGGUAACAUCACUGCACUGGUGGUAAAAGGCAGCAACACCACCAAGUACAGGGAGCGCAUGGCGCAGGUCAUCAAGUACAUGAACCGCAACCGCAUUCCCCGGGUGCUCAAAUGCAGGAAGAGCAUUGCUCAGGUCUCUUUACCUUCCAUUCAUUCCAUCCCUCUUGCAGGUAACAUCACUGCACUGGUGGUAAAAGGCAGCAACACCACCAAGUACAGGGAGCGCAUGGCGCAGGUCAUCAAGUACAUGAACCGCAACCGCAUUCCCAGGGUGCUGCGGCACCAGAUGCGCCAGCACGUGCGACUGCAGUUUGAAACGGAUCAAGUGGAGGACAACAUUCUUAAUGAUUUCCCUGUGAGCAUCCGCCACAAGGUGGCGCGGGCUCUCUACAGGCGGCUGGUGGAGCAGAGCUACAUCUUCCAGGGCUGCUCGCCCGAAUUUAUUAACCAGAUUUCCAUCCCUUUCUCACCCACCUGCCCCCUUCUCCCCCUUCAGAUGUUUGGCGAGGUUGCAGUGCUGUGCAACAUUCCUCAGCCCUUCGACGUGUCGGUUAUUGAGUUCUGCCAGGUGCUGCGGCUGGAGCGGGACGACUUGAACACGGCCAUUGCCACGUUUAUGGUGGAUGGAAGGAAGAUUGUAGACAACCUGCUGGAGCGCACAACAGAGACAGGCAGCAAGUAUGCACUGCUGGCCUCGGAAAUUACGUCUCUGAUCGCGCAGCAGGAGGCGGAGCUCACGAUGACGACCAUCUAUGCGGCCUCGCGGGGGGACAUCGAGCAUCUGAAGAAGCUGAUCAAGGCCGGGGCGAAUGCCAGCAAAGCGGAUUAUGAUGGGCGCACACCACUGCACCUGGCAGCAGCAGGGGGUUACGAUGAGGUGGUUCGAUUCCUACUGCUAGAAGGAGCGGACGUGAAUAGUCUCGACAACUUCGGCACCACGCCACUGCUGGAGGCACUGCGGGCUGGGAACGACUCAACGGCUAAGAUUCUGACAGACAAGCACGGCACUGUGAACCUGCAGGAAGCAGGAACAGACCUGUGUAACGCAGUGAUGAGGGGUGACACAGGGCUGCUGAGAAGACUUCUGGUCAACGGAGUCAACCCCAAUGCUGCCGAUUACGAUCUCCGCACGCCCCUCCACAUCGCAUCCGCCGAGGGAUUCGUCCAGGUGGCGCGCCUGCUGGUGGAGCACGGCGCUGACGUGGCAGCACUGGAUAGGUGGGGCAACUCGCCCCUGGAUGAGGCGCGCCGAUGUGGCAGCCUGCCGUUGAUCCACCUGUUGGAGGAGGCCAUGCGGGAACGGGGGCUUGUGAUUGCUCAGGUUGCCUCCACCCGUCCUCCCAUCCCCAACUCCCACUCCCUCACGCACUCCCAACCGUCCCCCCUUCUCAACCCUACUGAAGCGGACUGGGACCGAAUCACCGAGGAUGGCUCGGCAACUCCCCGGAUCGCCAUGUCAGGCUCGGCAACACCGCUUCUGAGCGGGCCCGGCACGCCCCAGAGGAGAGGUCCGGGAACGUCGCCUGGGAGGGGGCAAUGGAGGCCCCCUGCUGGGGUUGGUGGGGUGAGGAGGACAGGGGGGAGGGCUGGAGGGAUGGGGUAUGGUGGUGGCGCUGGUGCUGCUGGUUCGACUGGUGCGGCCGGCAUGGGAAGAUUGGUUCCCCUGGGUCCCAAGAGAAUCACUGUGUUCCCCUUUCCCCCAUGGGAACUGAAGCCGCAGAGAGUUGGGCAGCUCAUGCCACUUCCUCCGUCCAUCCCUGACCUCAUAUCAACUGCUUCAAGCAUUUUUGGAACGUCAUUUGUUGGCUUGCUUCCUGAACCCCUCUACACCCCUGCCAAACCCUCUUCUCCCGAUCCUCCCCUCAUCCAGGCCCGGGCGUUCCUCCUGUCCACGUCAGCACACACCGCGCUAAUCGCCGCGUUGGCGCGCAGCGGCCCGUACGUUGACGCGGCGCCUGUGCUGGCAGGCAUGCGCGCCGCGGGAUUGGCUCCCACCGUGCACGCGUGCACCGCGGCCAUGCAGGCCCAAUCACGCGCCGGCAGGUGGCGGGCGGCGCUGCUGCUAUUGGAGGAAAUGCGGGGCAUGGGUCUGAAACCGGAUACGAUGGCUUAUAACGCGGUUCUUACGGCAUGUGGAAGGGCUGGUCGCGUGCAGGAGGUGCUGGGGGUGUACCAGGCCAUGCAGGACGACGAAUGUCGCCCGUCCACCGGCACGCGCGCACUGCUCAUGAGCACGUUCGUCCGCGCCGACCGCUGCGACCUGGCGCUGCAGCUGUUCUUUGACGCCAGGCUGGCAGGCCAGCCUGUCACACCCGACAUGCACAGAGGGUUGAUCUGUGUCGCUUCAAAGGUGGGUCGCUGGCCUCUCGCUCUCGACCUGCUAGACGAUCUCCUUGCCACGUGGACAGACCCGGGGGUCACGGGUGAAUUGGCAGCGGGUGCAGCUGCGGAUGGUUCACAAGCUACCGCAUCUGCUGACUCGCGUCAGUGGCAGUUGGCUCUUUCAGUCUUCUCCCGAAUGAAAACCCUCGGGAUUCGCCCAGACCACUUCACGUGGUCCGGGCUAGCUUCGGCGCUGGCUCGGGCAGGCGAAUUCGACCGAGCCAUGGCUCUAUUCGAGCACAUGGGGGAGAGGGAGGGGCUGCAACCAACACUGGUGGUGUGUAAUUGCGCGCUGCUGGCGUGUCAGCACAAGGCCAAGUGGCAGAGGGCGCUGCAAUUGCUGUGGCGCAUGGAGAGGAUGGGCGUACAAGCAGACGUGAGGAGCUACAGCAUGGUCAUUCGGACUUGUGAACUCGCAGGUGGGUGGUUGAGUGCUCUCUCACAUGGCUGUGCGCUGCUGGCGUGUCAGCACAAGGCCAAGUGGCAGAGAGCGCUACAGCUGCUGUGGCGGAUGGAGAGAAUGGGCGUGCAGGCGGAUGUGUGGAGCUACAGCAUGGUCAUCCUCUGUCUCUCCAGGCCUGUCAGAUGCUGCCCUGACGGAUGCUGCCUAUCAAAGGAUGCUCAGUGCAGGUUGCAAGCCCAAUACCUUCACUCUUGCAUCACCCAACCCCGUGCUCUCUUCUGCUGCUUCCUCCACCUGGGUUUCCACGUAUCCUCCCCUCUCCAGGCCAAUCCGAGGCAGCCCUGA